AUGGCCAACAAGCAGGGCAAGAUGCAAAACCUCAUGACAGGACAGAUGCUUGCUUUCGACAAGCACAUGAACCUUGUCCUUGCCGACACCGAAGAAUUCCGUCGCGUCAAGCGGAAGUCCAAGCCCGCCGCCGGGUCGACCACCGCGAGCCUGGUCGAGGCCGAAGAGAAGCGAACCCUCGGUUUGACCAUCGUUCGUGGUACUCACGUCGUCUCUUGCUCCGUUGACGGUCCCCCACCCGCCGACCCCUCCGCACGUUUGGGAGCAAGCGUCCCCGGUGCUGCCGCUGCCGCUGCUGCUACCCUUGCUGCUGGUCCUGGCAUUAGCAAACCCGCUGGACGUGGUCUGCCGGUCGGACUUGGAGGCCCUGCUGCUGGCGUCGGUGGCCCGCCCCCUCCCCCUGGUGGUUUCCCCGGCUUCCCUCCGGGUGGCUUCCCUGGCGCGCCGCCUCCGGGCUUUGCUGGUCGCGGAGGACCUGCUGGAGGACCUCCUGGCUUCGCUCCCCCUCCUGGAUUUGCGCCCCAAGGUGCUCCUCCGGGUGCUUUCCAACCUCCCCCGGGCUUCCAGCCUCCUGGCCAGGGCCGGGGCUAUCCUCCUCCCGGGUUUGGCGGACGGUGA